AUGGCAUUCAAAGCUUUAUACACCCAACUCUUUCCACCAAAGCCACCACUGACGGAAAAGAAUGUCCCUCUGCAACUCGGAAAAGUCUUCAUUGUCACAGGCGGUAACUCGGGAGUGGGUUUUGAGCUCUGCAAGAUCCUUUACACAACAGGCGCAACCGUGUAUCUGACUUCACGAUCAGAGCAACGUGGGAAACAAGCCAUCGAGGAGAUCACUAGUGCCAAUCCUCCUCCCAAGAACCCAGGCAAACUCAAGUUUAUCCACCUAGAUCUCAACGACCUCAACUCUGUCAAAUCCGCUGCAUCCACAUUCGCAUCUCAAGAGACAAAACUCCACGUCCUGUGGAACAAUGCAGGCACAGGCGCUUAUCGCGUCUCGCAAGGUGCCAGAACAGCACAGGGACUGGAACCAAUGGUGGGUAUGCACUGCGUAGCUACACUCCUCUUGACAACACUUCUCAUACCCCAGCUUCGUAUCGCUGCUGCCGAACCGUCUAGCUCCGCAAGGGUCGUCUGGACGUCGAGCAUCGUGACAGAUCAGGGGUCCCCAGCCAACGGGAUCGACAUUGAAACCCUUCACGCGGGAACGUCAGAUCGAGUGCUCAACUACGCUGUGUCCAAAGCCGGCAGCUGGAUGCUCAGCCGGGAGAUGGCCCGGCGGCACGGCGCCGAGGGCAUCGUAAGUGUCGCGCAGAACCCGGGCAACGUGAGAGGGGGCUCAUACGAGGGCACACCCGCGGCGACCAUGUGGUUCCUCAACCGCUUCGUACUGCAUCCGACAUCGUACGGGGCUUACACGGAGCUCUUUGCCGGGCUAUCCCCGGACGUCGACAACGGGGCGUAUAUCAUACCUUGGGGACGCAUGCGGACUGAUGACGAGUGUCCCCGUAAAGACAUUGUACACGCCAUGCAGCCCGACGGGUUGGAUUACGGGAAAAAGCUGUGGGACUGGUGCGAGCAACAGUGGGCAAAUGUCGUAUAA